AUGGCCAACAAAUAUGAUAUGUUGCAGGCUGUUAGUGCUAAAAAUUUAGAUUGGUCAUUUAAUGUAUGGGUGGCUAGACUCUGGAUUGUUCCUCAAAGAGAAGAUCAAAAUUCAAUUUCCACUAUAGAAAUGGUCCUAUGUGAUUAUGAGGGUAACAGGAUACAAGCUUCAGUACCCAGGUCAUUAUCAAAAGAUUUCAUCCAUGUCAUUAAGGAGGGUGAAAUUAAAAAUACUAUCAGUUGCACUUUAUUUGGUGAAUUAGUUGACCGUAUUUCUCCUUUUCUUGAACGAGAAUCUCCUGAACCUCUAAUUGUAGUUUUCCAAUUGUUUCGACCUCGCAUUUACAAAGGCAACAGGAGUAUUCAAAGUUCAUUUUAUGCAUCUAACAUACAUAUCAAUCCUCCAAUAUUGGAGGUUAAUGAGUUCAAGAAGAAAUUACUUGCUUUUGGGUCAUCUGAAUCGCAAAGAAUCAGUCACAUAUCCUCUCGAGUUUACCACUCGCCAAUUGAAGAGCUUAGCAAAAGAUUGGUCCCUGUAAAGAGAAUCGAGGAUGUCCUGAAUUCUACAGAUGGAGGUGUAUUAUGGAUUCUUGGUCCAAUUGUUGCAUUGGAUGUUGGCAAGGAUGAUUGGUUUUACGCUGCUUGCAUAGUGUGCCAGAAAAAAGCUAAACCAAUAGGAGAUCACUUUAGUUGUGAUUUUUGUGUGAAGGAAGGAGUACCUGUAUCUUUGAGAUAUAGGCUAAAAGCAUAUGUUACCGAUGGCAGUGGUAGCCUAUGCGUUGUUAUUUGGGAGAAUGAGGCCAAAUCAAUAGUUGGAAUGGAAGCCAAAACUGUUAGAGCUAAAUGCCAGGAAGAUAACUCCAAUAACUAUCCCAGCGACCUUGAUGUAAUAUUGGACAAGAAGAUGUUGUUCAAGAUCAAUAUUAAAGCUAACAAUAUCACUGGAACUGAUGUGGUUUAUAAUGUUACAAGGAUCUGUGAUGACCAUGAUACUAUAAAAAAGUAUACUCAUGAGCUUGAUGAAGAUUCUGGAUCUUUGGUGGACGAUAGUUUAACUAACAAUUCUUUUGAGCCUAUUCAUAGUCUUGGAGAUGAUCGUUCUAUUUCUCUUUGCCAAGAGUCAGUGAAUGAAACCAUUACCAUCGAUAGCCUUAGGUCAUCAAAUAAGAGACUUUCAAGUGAGGUUAUACAACAAGUUGCUGUUGAUCUUGACAAAGACAGAUACCCGCAAGCAUCGGCUACAAAAGUGUUAAAGAGGAAGGAUAAGAAAAUUAAGGACUAA